AAAACAAAAGAUGGGGGCAUGUGACCCUGUAACCUGUAUGUCCCUCUCUCGUCCGCCCCUGCUCUCAACUAAGAAAGCAGUUAGGCCAAAAUGUUGAGUUUAAGCGAAUGAAUAUUAGUCGCCAUACUUGGAAGGAGAAGUCACAAGUAAGAAAUAGAUAAUAUCUAGUCUCAUGAGAUGAAGAGCAAAGGCAGCAUGAUAUAGAGAGCUGAAUGCCCCAUGAUGCAAGCCGGCUCAUCCUAGGAGGAUAAUUCACAUUCGUAGUCUACAUGCUGAAUGAAUGUUUAGGACCAUAACCCUUGAACUAAAUCAGAUAAGCCCAAUCCUUUUUCACCAACCGAGGUCCAAGAAGAAUAACAUAAGAACGAAGCCAUUUUAUAAACAAGGAUGCCAAGGGGAAAGAGAUUCUUUUGUUCGGUCGGUUCGGUUAACUUUGGUUGUAACCGGUUACUCUGGACAUAAAUAAAGAAACCCCUAAAUGAAAGUAGAGUUCGAGUGCGAGAAUGGCGAGUGGAACCCUAACCCCAAUGGGGACGCGAAGAAGAAGAUCAUCAUUCCCAGAGUCAGUAACCGUGCAGAUCAUCGCCAGAUUACCUCUGAGAAGCAUCGCGAGAUUCAAAUCUAUCUCCAAACAAUGGAGAUCACUAAUAGAAUCGUCCUACUUCCGCAGCCUCUUCGUCUCUCUCCACCGAAACUCAUCCUCCUCCUCGUGGUCUCUAAUGUUCCCAAUCAAGUUCAAAAAUCCCAUCACCGAAGCUAUAGGCUUCCAUGGGGAUCUCCCCAAAUCCCUAGCCUCUUAUCUCAUCCCUUUUCAACUGUACCCCAACCACUCCACCUUAGACUAUUACUACAUAGCUUCUUCAAACGGAUUGGUUUGGAUUGAAGUAUGCUUCGGCCUCGACGAAUAUCGCAACAUCGAAGCCAAAUUUUUCGUGGGCAAUCCCGUCACGCAAGAAUGGGUUGAGAUCCACCAGCCUCAAGAUCCUUCCACCAUCGCCACUAGUAUUGUAACGCGUGUUGUGAACGGCGUCGUUUCGAGCUUUAAAUUGAUUAAUACUACUUAUGAGGUUAAUGACGCGAACGAUGUACGUAGCAUGCAUGUGUAUUCUUCUGAAACAGGGGCGUGGUCUUUCAAGAGGAUUCGCUCCCCUGUUCCUCUCCAGCGAGCUGGUUUUAACAAGCCCUUGAUUCUCAACGGGACUGUUUACGUGUGGGACAAGAGAGUGGGUGAUGAUGAUACUGCCCCUGGAGUUCUUGUAGCUUAUGAUUUUUUCGCUGAAGAAGACGAUGAUCUGUGUCGGAUUAUACCUCUCCCUGGACUGUAUAACGAGUACGUUAGGAGAUGCUUGACUAGUUCGUGUGGAGAUGUUAUCUACGUUGAGAUAUUGGAUCGAAGAUUGAAGGUUUGGAAGCUGAAGAGUGACAACUCUGACGGAGAAUGGUGGCGGUUGACAAGGGAGGAGAUCGACAUGGCGUCUGUUGGCUUUGAUGUUAAUUGUUUUCCUUUGGGAGUUAACCCGUUUGAUACUGGUUUGGUCUAUCUAUGGAGUAGACAUCACAGCUGUGUGGUAUCUGGUAAUGUAAGGACUCGAGAGUUUACUCUUCGCCAGGAAACGGAGACUUGGAGUGAUGGUGAAGGUAAGUGGAGCAUUAACACGUCCGAUUCUAAGAAGUAUAUUGAAGAAGUAUAUGAACUUAAUACAGCUUUGGUCAUCACGUUAUCACAAUUUGUGCCCCCACAGUGGAUGGAUCCGGUGCCUCGCCCGCCAUAUUGACAUCCUUUUCUUGGUCUCACUUUCUCCAAUGUUUUUGUGUUUUGUUUUGUCUCAGUUUAUAGUAAGGACACUUUGUUUCGGGUCUGCUCUUUUGUGAUGACUUUGUUUCUCUAAUGUUAACUUGCAGUAUAACAUUUGCUGUGCAAUCUAUCUACUUAUUUUAUUUUGGGUA